AUGGUCGACAGCGAAGAAUUUGGCAAUCUGGAGCCCGAUACCGCUGAUACGAGCCCCAUUCACCUCUCAGCGCUCACUGCGCCUAGCUCAGUGUCAUCACUGACGUACUCGCCACCAACUGCUGCCUUCCAAACCCUCACACUCGACGCGAAGAGUGCGCCUUCGCGCUCAGCAAACACCGUGAAGAUGAACUACUACCCAGAAUCCUUAUACGCCGACGAUGAUGUCCCAGACGCUCCUCCGGACGACCUACACUCCAAGCGCCUCACCGAAAGCCCUCUCUACAGCCGGGCCGCUGCCAUGGCCACCGUCCCACGCACCUUCAGCGCCUCGAGAAAGCUACAACAAGUCCUCGGCAUAGAUGGGAACAAGCCGGAGCCGUACGUCCGCCCGCCGCCGAUGCCGCAGGAUCUUGAACAGCGGUUCUUGGCCAAUCUGCAAGAAUACGGCGUCGAUGUCGAUCUACUGAUGAAAGAUAGAAUGAGCCAAGCCGCUAGGAGACAGCAGAAGAUGGGCGUCGGAAAUGAACUUGGUAAGUCGGUGCUGGAGAUGAUCAAGGAGGAGAAAGAGAGUCCGGUUAGCGCCACGCAUUUGCAGGAGGGUAUGGAUGGAUUGAAUGUGGGCUUGAACAUUAACCCACCGAUGUGGGAUCUUGGUUAUGAGGCGGUCUCGGGCGGAGAGUACAUGGGAGAUCGACCGUCCAGCGCACCUUGUGGGAAUACCAACGACUAUGCAGACACCAAGUACGGUUACGAUCCGUUCAUAGGCUAUGGAUCGACUACCGCUUUUCAGGACAGUCAGCGAUCUCGCCCGAGCAGCGCGUCAGCAGCAAACACACAACUUGUUUUUGGACAACCCGAUCGACCACAUAUGGACUCAUAUGCUCCUGCUACUCACAACCCUGAUUACGACUGGAUUGGUGGAGGAGACAAGCUGCCACAGCACUUCAGUAGUCUAGCGAACACGUCUCAGUUCACUGGAGAGCAACAAGCGCCCUACUUCCACGAUGGCAUACAAACCCAGGCUCGCAACUCGUACGACUUCCCCAAGCGCGUUAGCAGUGUUCCAACAGUGCUGUUUCUGCCGCCGCGAGUUGAGCAGCAGAUGUCAUGGGACUUCGUACAAACUGUUACCGGAGAUAUUACUCCACAGACCUUCGCGCUUGGUGGGUUUGCUGCUACGUCCACCAACAGAGAGGGUGUCUAUCCCAUGCGGCCCAGGUCUCAAGGAAGAUUGGUACCCCAGAUCAUGGUACAGGAAGCAUCGCCCAGAAAAACGCCACCUCCUACCACUAAGAAACGCCGUGCAACAUCUCAAGUAGCACCUCGAGCAAAAGUUCGAGCUUCUGAGGACACUGCCGGUCUGCCAAUCCUUCCCGCCAACCUAGAUAUGAUGUGGAAAGUCAAGUUCCCAGGCAACACUUACGCUUUGUUAACCAUCAUGCUCACCUGGUCACUGUGCAUGCGUCGUCUCUCCAACCUGAUCCCCGAUCCCAAAGCCUUCUCGAUCAACGGCGCCUUUCCCUACCUCGUCGAACCGCCAAUCUACCAGAAACUCGUCUCUGUCUCCUUCUACGACACCAGCGUGACUCCGCACAAGGAGAGCCGCUUCCUCGGUCCCAAUGACUGCGCAGAAAUGACCUACAACGAAGUCGACAUCUUCGCCUACCCAGACGACACAUCCGCAGCAUGCGACAACCUGCCUUCCAAAGCUGAUACCGUGAAGCGCGCCCUAGGCCUCAACACCACCUGCACACAAGUUACGGAUUACAAAAACAUAUCCAUGUCCGACCGCGCCACCACAGGCGAAGGCCGGUGGUCCUACAUCCUCUUCCGCGGGCACCCUUCACCCACCAUAUCCUCGCCCACGCCUCCGCACUUCAUAAUCGCCUGGCCUACACACGCGACAACCAACUCCUCAGAGUGCUUACAUACUAUAUACCCCGACAAGCAGUCCGCUCCGCGCCACUUCUCCUCGCUGCAGAAUUUGGCGGCGACGAUGCGGCUGCAGCAGAGUCUUAGGGCGGCGAGUAGCGAGCAGUUACCUGAGGCACGGCUGGGAUAUAUGGAGGGCGCGGUCACGCUGAAGAGAAGAGUGGUCAAGAUGGAGAAGCCAGGGGGUGUGCCGCUUGUGGAGGGGUAUAGGGUUGAUGUUAGGAGGUGGGAGAGGUGGAUGGAGGCAGUGGGGAAGGGGAAGGGGAAGGUUAUGAUGUGGAUGGAGAGAUGA